AUGAACCAAUACCCCUGGACUACCCGAAGACAAGUGGAUCGUGGCUUGGGCCAGCCGGCCACUGGCCCCCAGAGCCAGGCUUACUUCAUCUUUGAAAGGCAUGACCCAGAAAAAGGGUUCAGUGGGCAGCUAGCAGACUUGGACUUGGCUGCCCCAGGGUUUCAAGAACUUGCCUACCAUAAUGUAAUGAGGCCCACCAUGAAGACCGGGGGCCUACUGGACAGAGAAUCCCAGAAUUGUUCUCCUACACAAAGAAACAUUUUUUUCUUGUUCUUUGCAGGGACCCUCCACAAACCCAACAUCUGGGCUGAGCCAGGCACUCUGAUCACAUUAGGGAGUCCUGUCACCAUCUGGUGUGAGGGGACCAGAGAAACCCAAACAUAUGUGCUACAUAAAGAGGGAAGUCCAGAACCCUGGGACAGACAGACCCAAAAGAAUGACAGCAAUAAGGCAAAAUUCACCAUCCCAUCUGUGACAACACGGCAUGCAGGGAAAUAUCACUGUUAUUCUUACAACGCUGCUGGGUGGUCAGAGCGCAGUGAUACCCUGGAGCUGGUGGUGACAGGAGUGUCCAUUAAACCCAGACUGAUAGCCCUGAACAGCCCUGUUGGAACCGUAGGACGGUCUGUGACCCUCUUAUGUACCUCAAAUCAGAGAUACAACGGGUUCAGUUUAAUUAAGGACAAGCAGAAGUUUUCCAGCUCCAUGGGCUCACAGAAUGUAUAUACUUGGCUGUCUUCUGCCAGGUUCCAAGUGCGUCUCAUGACCUCCAGCCAAAGAUGGAGUUUCAGAUGCUAUGGCUAUCACACAAGCAAGCCUCAAGUGUGGUCAGAAGGGAGUGACAUCCUGGAGCUUCUAGUCUCAGGGACCCUCCAGAAACCCAGCAUCUGGGCUGAGCCAGGCUCUGUGAUCACAUCAGGGAAUCCUGUGACAAUCUGGUGUGAGGGAACCAAGGAAACCCAAAUAUAUUUCCUGUAUAAAGAAGGAAGCCAAGCACCCUGGAAUAGAUUGACUGCACCAGUGCCUGAUCACAGGGCCAAGUUUUUCAUCCCAUCCAUGACAGAGCAUAAUGCAGGACGAUAUCGCUGUUACUGUUUUAACUCUGCUGGGUGGACACAGCACAGUGACUCCCUGGAGCUAGUGGUGACAGGUGUCUACACCAAACCCACCCUGUCUGCACUGCCAAACCCUGUUGUAACCUUAGGAGGAUCUGUGACCCUCUCAUGUAUCUCAAAUCAGGGAUACGGCAGGCUCAUUUUAAUUAAGGACAAGCAGUUCUACAGCUCCAUGGACUCACAAUAUGUAUAUACUGAUGAGUCUUCAGCUAGAUUCCAAGUUAGCCCCAUCACACUCAGUGAAAAAUGAAAUUUCAGAUGCUAUGGCUAUCACACAAGCAAGCCUCAAGUGUGGUCAGAAGGGAGUGACAUGCUGGAGCUUCUUGUCUCAGGAACUGAUGAGAACAUCACUAUAUCACAAAACAUGUCCAAACCAAAGACAGCCACAGACUCAGAGGAACAGGAUCAUCACACAGUAGAGAAUCUGCUCAGAAUGGGGAUGGCAGCCUUGGUCCUUGUGGUCCUUGGAAUACUGGUGUUUGAUGCUUGUCACAGCUCUAGACAUGAUCAACACAGAAAUGGACUAUGAAUGGGAAGUACAGCAACACAUCUUUUGCAGUGUCAUGGACUAGACACUAAGUAUGGAGAUUGAGGAUGGAAUUGUAAGAAAAUACAGUUGUUCAUGUUGGAGAACUGACUAGGGGUCAAUGUGAAUUGAGUGCAAGGGAAAUAAAUGUCUGUUUAUUGGGAUGGAGAGUACUUUCUCCACCAAUCAAAAUAUUCCCUUACAUCUUGCUAUGGAAUUUGCUGACCACUGCCUCCUUUCUUCUCACCUAAUGACAUCGGGGAAAUUUCUGUACCAUCAACUAGAGUAGACUCCUAAUCUAUAUACUUAUUCUUCUUUGUCUUUCAUGUAACUUUCUAUCAUUUUAGAUUACUAUGUUCCCAUCAACAUUACAAAUUUCUUUUCUACUGAGGUUCUUUUCUACAAGGUUCUUUUCUACUGAGAGCAAAGUACUAAACUGAGUUACAAUAAAUAUCAGCAGAAAUAAACCACCAGGAUAAAAAAUAAGUUACUUUAUUCAAA